AUGAAAUUCGAAUUUGCUUUCCUCAUUUUACAUGCCUGUGCGGCCUCAUUUCCAAUGAUGGUCCCUACUGGUCAGAUAGUUGACCUCACCGGCCUAUGGGACCCAAGCACCAUCCUGAGGCAUAGUACCGUUCAGGUUUCUCUGGUUUCGGCCUGGGAUAGUUUCUCCAGUACUGACCUCAGCCACACAGUCUACCUUGUGAACGAUUUGGAGGAAAUUCCCACUGUAUACACGGAUAAAAUUGAUCCCCAAAAUCGGUUUGUUGCGGUUGCAAAUAAAGAGAGUUGCUUCUAUGACCCAGAACAGGAAUCAUGGGUCAAAUCCCAGUACGACCUUAAUGUGAAAUAUUAUCCCCAUACUAUUGACCACGGCACAUGUCUUGAUAUGUCAAUGGGCCAAGGAGGAAGUUUAACCUCUGCUAUUGGAAUCACUUUCUCUGCUUCAGUUGAUUUGGCUGCAUCCUUUUCUUUGAAGGUAGCGGAGUUGGACUUGUCUCUUCUCCUAGAUUUUCUAGACAGCGAGUUCAUAUUUGCACCAAGUGUAUCAAUUAAGACGAGUGUUAGUUGUGAUACCAAACAGGGAGAAUAUGGUCGUAUUCUCACUACCCUUUACUUAGCUGAGGCUCCGGCCAAUAACCUAACAAAAAUCAAAUUUGUCGAAGGGUGGGGGGUUCUUGAAACUGCUGGGUCGGUGGUAACAGCACCUAUAAAGCUUGUGACAAGUCGAGUUCCUUCUAGUAUUUGUCACAGAAGUGAAGUACCAUGUUAG